UCCCAUGGCUCUUCUAAGACCUACCAGUAUCUGCAAUAGUAUAACAGCAUUGUCUUUGUAAAGUGGUCUAAUAAUUCUGUUUAGACUGGUUUAGGAAAUGCCUUGAGACAUCUAUUGUUUAACCCCUUUACUAGUUGCAUUGAAUUUUAGAGAUGUUCAGCCACAGUUCAUGUUAUAUUCAAGCUUAUAUUCUUAUGAAGUUCAUUUAAUAGGCUAAACAACUGUUUAUAAAUUGUAGAUGCUUCAAGUUUUUCUAGAGAUGGAGUCCAAUGCCUGUUUUGAUCUACAAACAAGGGAAAAAGGGCUGACUUAGGUGAAUGAGUACAUUUUUCUUGAGUAUAUCUAUUCUUGAGCUAUCACCAAGCAAUCUCCCUGAAACCUUACCUGUAUUUCUCCUAGGUCCAGGAGGUUCUCUUCCAGCAAGUCUCAGAGUUUCUUAUAAAUAUGGUUAUCUAGCACAGAUCUUAUUCAUUAGGCUAAAGAUGCUCAAAUGGCUGGAUGAUCUUUCAUUGUCUUCUUUUAGUUAGGGAUAAUUAGGACUAUUCCCCUGUUCUGUUAAACGUGCUUUGUGUUACAGUUUUAAAUCCUGCCUCUGUAAUAGUGUAUGCAAAUAACAUCAUAUUUGAAGAUAAAUAUAUUGGGUUGUGAUUUUUCUUUCCUCAAAUAUCUUAUGUUCUUAGCCAUUAUUAGCAUAUUUUAAGUAAUAAAGCAACUCUGAAAUGUCAUGCAUUACAAGCAAUUAAGAGAAAUAAUUGGAAGCAAUCCGAUUUUAACAAUAAACAGGAAGGUUGUAAAAGUAUAUAUAUUUAGAGCACAGCCCUCCAACAACUACUUAUGGAUUUUAACUUUUAAUUUCCUAGGAGUAAAUUAGAAUUAAUAUAUAAAAAGUAUAGUAAUCAUAUUAACUGUUUUAUUUAAUUUAAAUGAAAUAUAAGCUUGUAGACUAGCGUCAUUAAGUUUUUUUAAAUUGGCCUUAUUUUUUGGAGUGCACUCUCCAAGAUAUCAUUCAUAUGACAAUUCUGGCCCUUCACUCAAGAAAAAUACACAAUCCUGAAAUGUACUUUCAUAUUUGUAGAAUGGAUGUUAUAUGCCCUGGUGUUUAACUGGUCAAUUUUUCCCUCUAAUUCUUCAUACUUCCCAAAUACAAUCUUUUAAAAAUAAUUGUCCUCCUAAAACUGUUCAGAAGGCUCAUCUUCGUGGUGACCAAUUACAAAAAAGGGGGGCAUAAAGGGAAAAAAUAUGGAAGGCAGAGAUAGUAGUUUCUAAGGUGUACUUUUUUAAAAAAAAUCAGCAGGGUUGAAACAAAAGGACAUUCAUUUAAAUGUAUAGACGUGUCUUAAAAUCUCAACUAAUUUUAUAGUAAGAUGAAAAACUGGAGUGGUCUUCGAUUACACUUCAUUUUUUCGAACCGCAGCCAGUGUUACCCUUCCUCGCCACUCCCGUAACAACGUUAGUCGUCGCAAUAGCACAUCAUCCAUCCUUCGUUGAAUCAUUUUUGUUUACUUUCCGGAGUAAUCCUCCUGUCAGAGAAACGCUGCCGACUCCCAUUAGAGACUCUGCCGGCGCCACUUCCUUCCAGCCUUCUCCCUUCCUCUCCAUCAGCCCGAUUCCUAAGGUUAAGUCUGCGGGAGGUAGAGUGAGCGCGCGCAGCUCGCUAUACUCAGCAGCUCUUCUCCAUCAGUGCGCGCGACGACGUCUGUAGUGAAGCGCGCGCAUUCGCGCGCGACACCGCAGUAGAGCGCGAGGUGAGCUGCUUGUUGGUGCCACCGCCGCUAUUUGGGAGGGCUGGAUAGCUCAGGCAGGGCAGCAGAAUCCCCAUUGCGUCAGGAUCGAGGGCAAGGGCACGCCAAUGGGAGGGAAAUAGAGGAGGGGGGCGCAGUAGGCCGGCCAGCCAUUCAGAAGCGGAGAACUCUUGUCUCCUCAGCAACCGGCCUAGAUAGCCAAGGCUGCGCCUCCCACAUCACGCCCUGCUGUGGUCUUCGAUGCCUUCUUCAUUCUUAACCUGCUUCAGCCUGGCGGAGGAGCUGAGUUCUCCAUUCCUCUUCUCUGAGCUAACAUAUCUGUGGAAGGCUCCCGUAGCUUCUUUUCUCUUCCACACUCCACCCAGAAACUGUCUAGCGAGGGGUGCUUUCCCCCCCCCUCUUCCUCCGCUUUCCGCUAGUCGGUGAAGGCUGUGGGAAAUAACCUUAUUGCUCAGUUCGCUUGAAUGGAGAGCCGGGAAGAUUGUUUUUCUGGCGAGGGUUGCUGAAUGGGGAGACGGGGGUAAACGCGCAGCAUUUCUGGAAGGGUUGUCGGGUGGGCAAUAAGAUUCGCUGAUGAUUCCCGACCAUGGGCAAGGACCAGGAACUGCUAGAAGCGGCUCGCACUGGGAAUGUGGCUUUGGUGGAGAAACUCUUGGCUGGCAGAAAAGGAGGGCUCCUGGGCAGUGGAUCUGGACCUAUUCCUUUAUCCAACUUGCUGAGUAUCUGGCGAGGACCAAAUAUAAAUUGCACAGAUAGUUCAGGAUACACUGCUUUACAUCAUGCAGCUUUGAAUGGUCACAAGGAUGUAGUUAUCAAAUUACUUCAAUAUGAAGCAUCCACUAAUGUGGCAGAUAAUAAAGGGUAUUUUCCUAUACACUUGGCUGCUUGGAAAGGAGAUGUAGAGAUUGUGAAGAUUCUUAUCCAUCAUGGGCCAUCACAUUCCAGAGUGAAUGAACAGAACAAUGAAAAUGAAACAGCUUUGCACUGUGCUGCCCAAUAUGGACACUCAGAAGUGGUUGCUAUUUUGCUUGAAGAACUUACAGAUCCCACAAUAAGAAACAACAAAUUAGAAACUCCAUUGGACUUGGCAGCUUUAUAUGGCCGACUGCAAGUGGUGAAGAUGAUAAUCAAUGCAUAUCCAAAUCUGAUGAGCUGUAACACAAGAAAGCAUACUCCUUUACAUCUUGCUGCACGUAAUGGUCAUAAAGCUGUGGUACAAGAGCUGCUAGAAGCUGGAAUGGAUGUCAGCUGCCAAACAGAAAAGGGGAGUGCAUUACAUGAAGCAGCUUUAUUUGGAAAAGUAGAUGUUGUACGCAUUCUUUUAGAAACAGGAAUUGAUGCCAAUAUAAAGGACAACUUAGGCAAAACAGUUUUAGAUAUUUUGAAAGAACAUCCAUCACAACAGUCACUCCAAAUUGCUACAUUGCUUCAAGAUUACACAGAAAAAGAAAAUUCAGAAGUUCCAGAGGAAUCCAUAGAAGAAUAUUUAAUAUCAGAUCACCAAUCCAGUGUUUUAUCCCUAGAAGAGUCUCCUAUACAAACAAGUAAAAGUGAAGCUGUGACUGGUGAAUUAUCAAAACUAUUAGAUGAAAUCAAGCUCUGCCAAGAAAAAGAUUAUUUAGAAGAUACGAGCCAUACUAUAUCAGAUGAUUAUCUGGAUGAUGCUAGCAAAGUAUCAGAAGAAGAAGUAGUAGCAAAUGGAAACAGAGCCAAGUCUAAUAUAAGAUCAUCUUCCACAAAUCUGGAACAAGCAGAAGAGGAAGAAGAGGGUGGAAUUGAAAAUAGUUGUGGACCUACAGGUUUGUGGGAAGCACUGACACCUUGUAAUGGAUGUAGAAAUCUUGGAUUUUCCAGUCUUACUCAGGAAGCCUUUCCAAAGAAGAGGAGUGUUACAUUGGAAGCAGUGCCAUCUGUUUCUUCAGAAACAUUUCCUGUAGAAAAUGAGAAUGGUCUCUGUGAUUUUCUUGAUACAACAGUUACAAAGAAACCUUGUUCUUUAGAAAUAACAAGAGGAGUUUCAUCAAAAAUAGAUAAUGCACCUCAAGUAGCAAUUACUGCACCAGGUACUGGUAACCAUAGAAACAGUUCAACAGGGCCAACACCUGACUGCUCUCCUCCAUCACCAGAUACUGCCCUGAAAAAUAUAGUAAAAGUUAUAAGACCUCAGCCCAAGCAACGUACAUCAAUAGUAUCAGCUUUUGAAUUUCACCGAUUAAAUGAGAGCCAUGACUAUUUUGAAAUCAACUCCUCUGUAAGAUACACAAGCUUUAAUUCCAGCUCUCCAGUUAGUCCAGCCAACUGCUCCACUCUGUCUGUUGAGGACAGCAUUGAAGAAAACAACAUACCAGAAACCCAGCAAACAUCCAUUGACAGUGAUCAUCUAGAAGCAUACCCUUUGGAGCAGUUUGCUGGCCUUCUACAUGGAUCAUCACCUGCUUGUGACCCACCAGAAAAUCCAUUUCAGCUCUACAGAAAAACUUGUCCAAAGGAUGACUUGAAUCAGAAAAUUUGUUUGAACCUCAGUAUUUUGAAUCCACAACAAUCUUUGCAAGAAAAUAGCACUGGUCUUCUGGUUAAAAAGAAAAAACCACCAAUUUUGAAUAGAACUAUAUUCCCUUCUAAAAACAUUAUAGGAGAAGCUAACACAUUGGCCGGUAUCACAAGAACUGGAGAUCAGUGGGUAAUUAAUGCUGCAGGAAUUGUAGAACGUGCUUGCACACUUGGACGAAUACGAUCUUUGCCAAAGACACUUCUUGACAUUCAUUUAUCCAAAUACAUUUCUAAAUCAGACUCAGAUCUUAUUUCUUAUCCAUCUAAUGAUCACAAAGCAAGACAGAAUUGGAAUGAUUCUUCAGCUAUCCAAGAAACCUCUAGAAGAAAUUCUGAAAGAACACCGUCAUUUACUUCAGAAUGGGAAGAAAUUGAUAAAAUAAUGAGUUCCAUUGAUGCUGGUAUAACUACUGGACUUGAAGAGAUUAGUGAUGGUACUACAACACCCAGAUGCCCUGUCCAGACUGUGGGACAAUGGUUGGAAAAUAUUGGGCUACCUCAGUAUGAAAACCACUUGCUGGCCAAUGGAUUUGAUAAUGUACAGUUUAUGGGAAGCAAUGUUAUGGAGGAUCAGGAUCUCUUGGAAAUUGGAAUACUUAAUUCUGGACACAGGCAAAGAAUUCUACAGGCAAUUCAGCUUCUUCCAAAGAUGAAACAGACAGGCAGUGAUGGCUACAACCCCACCUCUGUAGCAGAAUGGCUAGAUUCUCUGGAACUGGGAGAUUACAUCAAGCCCUUCUUGAUAAAUGGCUAUACAUCAAUGGACCUUGUAAAGAAAAUUUGGGAUAUUGAAUUAAUUAAUGUUUUAAAAAUAAGCUUGCUUGGCCACAGAAAACGCAUUUUGGCCUCAUUGGGAGACAGACUUCACGAAGAUCCACCUCAGAAACCACCACGUUCUAUCACCCUCAGGGAACCCAGUGGUAAUCACACUCCUCCCCAGUUGUCUCCUUCACUCAGCCAAAGCACUUACACUACUGGUGGUUCCCUGGAUAUACCACACAUUAUCAUGCAGGGAGAUGCAAGGAGAAGAAGAAAUGACAGCUAUUUUGAUGAUAUUCCUCGGUCAAAACUGGAAAGACAAAUGGCACAGACUGGAGACUGGGGUGAACCCUCUAUUACAUUGAGGCCUCCUAAUGAAGCUACAGGAUCAACGCCAGUACAAUACUGGCAGCAUCAUCCAGAGAAACUCAUUUUCCAAUCAUGUGAUUACAAAGCAUUUUAUUUAGGUUCUAUGCUGGUAAAAGAACUAAGAGGUACAGAAUCUACACAAGAUGCCUGUGCAAAGAUGAGGAAGUCUACCGAACAAAUGAAGAAAGUUCCUACUAUUGUUCUAUCUGUCUCUUAUAAAGGAGUAAAAUUUAUUGAUGCAACAAAUAAGCUUCAAAAUAAGAUGCAUAAGAAUAUUAUUGCUGAACAUGAGAUUCGUAACAUUUCCUGUGCCGCACAAGACCCCGAAGACCUCUCAACAUUUGCUUAUAUUACAAAAGACUUGAAGACAAAUCACCAUUACUGUCAUGUGUUCACAGCCUUUGAUGUGCACUCAUAUGGACAAACUGUGAACUUCCUGCAGGCCAAAGACCGCUUCACGUGUGCACUCUCUUGAUCCUGGCAUCUCAGUAAUUACUCUGGGUAAUGGGUAUUCUUGAAAGAGAGAUGGGCUGGUAAUCCCCACUUCAGGCCUGAAUUUCAAACAACAAUAAACGUAUGGCAUUGUUAUGAAGAAACCAUUUCAGGUAAAUAGAAGACUGCCAGGAAGACUAUUCCAAUAAUACUACAAGGAGGAAGAAGGAUUUAAGAUAAUGCAGAAAUUUUUCUAAAAGAUCACAGAUCAUUUUCAUUCUGAAAAGCUAAUAAAAUAAUGGGAUAAAGCACAAUGAUCUGAAAGAAGCCUACAUCAAGAAUCCUAUGUAAGUACAUUAACUGAUGUUUGUUAGGUUAUUUUAAUUUAUUUGAUUUGACUAAGCAGUGGUCACAGCAUUAAUCAUGACUUACAAAAAUGAUUUUAAAAAGCAAAUGAGAAAUUAAUUAAAUUAUAUAAAGUUAAGUCUUAAUUCAACAUUUUCUUCUGUCUGCCAAUAGCAUGGAUUUCUUUGCCACAUUUUACCUUAGACAUGAGCAAAGAAGUUAUAUAAAAGCCUAAUACUGUACCCUAGAUGAGAUCCCUGGUAUAGAACUGUGAUGUACAGUGUUUUAUUGAUGCAAAAUGCAAAAACAAAGCUUGUUUACUGCAGCUUAUUUUUUUUAAAAAAAUUAUCUUUCUAAUAGAGGGAAGAAACAGAUAAAAAUAUCAAUCCCUUUGCUUUAUUGCAGGAACUUGGUAAUGCAAGUAAUAAUUUGAGAAAUCUUGAACUUCAAAGACCAGAUGUACUAUCCAAGGAUGUACUAUCCAUUUUAAGUUCAUUGUCAAGUUGGUUAAUUGACCUUCAUUAAAAAAUGUUAAAAGAAGAUCAAGGAAAAAUAGAUGAGACAAUGGCUAGAAUCAUAUAGUGUGCCUCCUGUUUCUCGAAGGAACGUUAUGACUUAAUUUGCCCAUCAUAUGAAAUACCAUCUCUAUUGUUCUAUUACUUACUGUUCAAUGUUUGUUUCUAACUUUCCAAUAAAUUUUUUCUCUGCAUAUUGAAACGUUUAGUUUAUUUCUAUGUAAAGGUUGAAAGUUCAUAAAAUAGACUAAAUACAAUAUAUUUCAGACCAAAUAGCAUACUGCAAAUGCUAAUCCAUAUUAGGGAAAUUGAGACAAAUGUGCAUAGAAAAAAAUGAGUUCUAUUUCUUUGGAAAAUGCACAUCUCUGUUUAUCCUUCCUCAUACAUCCUGAAAAUGAACCAGAAUCAUGCCAAAAUGAAUAAAAUUAAGCUUUGUGGUUUGGUUUUGCUUUUGUGAGUGUCUCUGUCUGUGUGUGCAUGCAUGCAUGUGUAUAUGGAGCUUAAGGACUCCAAAAAGUGAACUAUUCCUAUUCCCAGGCAUACUGCCAUCCCAGUAACAAAAGUAAGCCAAGAAUGUCAGUCACAUCUGUUCUGUUGGUGUGCUGUCAAUCCCUAUGUUGAUCUUGUUUUAUUGGAUUAGGGAAGGAUUGCUGGAUUUAUUAAGUAAUGCAUAUUUGAGUUUUCUGUAUACUUAGAAAUAUGUACUAAUGUGAUGUUCUGAACAUGAGACAGUCUUGUUAAGGAAAAUUGAUAUCCCCAUAAAAUAGUUCUCAUACAAAGGGUUUUUUGCCUAGCAAAUGGGUUAAGACAACAUGUGGUCAUUCGUUUUUCCCAUAUAUUAGGAGUAGGUUGAAUUUAUCAGCAUACACAUCUUAAGAAUUCACAUUUAUAUCUUAAUUUUUUAUAAAUCUAUUUUCUAUUAGGCAUACCCAAUGCUAUAAACCGUCAAUAAUGAGAAAAGAUGAGUGCAUUAUAAAAUAUUGCAUUAAAGUCUUCCUGGAUAUGUUGGACAAAUUUAAAUAUAGGCAGAAUAUUUGCAGGACAAGUGUACCAUGGACUUCAGGUUCCUUAAAAUAUGUUUUUUCCAAUAAAUAUUUAAAAAUUAGACAGACAGUGACUAUUUGCACAUCUUUUUAUUAUGAGUUACUGCUUUCUGUAAUAAAGGAUGGUAGGAAUAUCUGCCUGUCUGUUUUAGCUGUGAAUCGCCUAGAACAAAAUCUGAGCAUAGAGGAAUAAUUUUAAAGCUCCAGUUUUACAAAUAACAUUUUAUGUAAUUUUUAUCAGCUUGAUAUUCAGAUAGCUCCUCUCUCUUCCCUCUAUGCUUUAAUCAUUAACUGAAAAUUUAAAAUUAAUCAGGCUUUAUCUGAAACUCUCAGAACUCAUUACCUAGAUAAAUACAACUGAACAGGUGACUGGGCCUGCCUUGCAGCCAUGAUACAAACUCUUCUUCUUAUGUAUUUCUGUGCCAUGAGUCCCCAACCUCCAGUCCAUGGCCCAGUAUCGGGCUGCAGCCCAUUCAAAACCCGGCAGUGGAAGUGGUGGGCAAGCGUGCAAGCUGCAUUUGUAAAAGCAGUGCACAAGUGCACAAAACCAUCUCCUCUCUUCUCCCACCUUGCCGCCACUGCCACAGUCCACCAAGACACAAAGGUUGGGGAAUGCUGUUCUAUGCAACAAGUCAUCCUUUUAAAGUUACUGUGGUUAGAAAUAGAUAUUUAUGGACAUACGUUGAACAAAUUUUUCUGACUACUAACUAUUUACAUAUGAUUCCAUACCAGUGAAAUAAGACAAAUAAUCCAACUGAGGAUUUUUAUGCAUAGGCAGAAUAUCUUGAAUAAGGUUUUCCUGUUUGUAAUUGCCUGAUUAUCCAGUUAUAUUUUAAAGAAAUAGGAAAACUUACAAGAAAAAAUAAUGUAACGCAUAUAAAGAUAGGGCUGGAUUUGAUUAGGCUCACUGACAUUUUAAACCACGAGAUUUUUUGGGCACAGGAUAGGGCCGAAGCUGUUUGUAGCUGAUACUACUCUGGUUCGGUUAUGGUUAAGUUGAUCUCUAUAGUGGGAGAGGUGCCUGCAACCGUUUAGACCCCUUUGCCUGUAACUAAGUGGAGGAGACCAGAAAUCAAUUUGCUGCUGCUUCAUGACAAAAUAACUGGGAGUUAAAGAGUUAUUUUCACAUUGCAGUAAGCAACUAGUAACCACCAAUUCUGCAUAUAGUUCACAAAGCCCCAUAAGUUCAAUAUAUCCAAGCAUAUAGUGCUGAACUCUGGGACAAAUAAUGAUUGGUUCAAAAUUUUAGGGUAAUUUUCUUUUGACAAAAAAGGAUAAAGCAACAUUUUCUGUGAGGUAAGUAUUAUAAGCCUUUAAGACUUGUAUCUCAACUUAAAUCCAGUGAAAUUUACCAUAACAAUUGUUCCUUAAAUGCUGAUAAAAUGUGAAUUUUAAUCUUGGCAAUGGUACUGUUUAUCACUGGAUGUCAAAUUGUGAAUUAAAAUGCUGGCUUUCUAUUAGUAUUCCUGUGUUCUGUGAGCAAAUUUUCAACUUGAAAAAUAGUUUUCUUAAUACUGCACUUACCAAUCUGAUUCAAAACAUAUAAGGUAUCGCUUCAGAUAUAUUUCUGCUGUAAAAAUUCCUGCCUUAUAAAGUAGACAUUUAUUUGGAAUUAAAUUCCAACAACAAAAUGAACCAUUGACUGCUAGGCUAUAGACAGAUCUUAAAAUAUAUAUCUUUUUAUCACAGAUAUAAAUAGAAACUUUGGAUUUUACAAUUUUAGAUGCUUAAUUUAAUUAAAAUAACUGCUGGUGUUGUGGAGUGUGUUCUGAAAAAUAUGAGCUUUAGAAGUUUAUAGAAUGUCACCUUGAAACAUAUAUUGUAGAAUGAUUUCUGUUAUGGUUCCGCCAACAUUAUACUGUAGUCUGGCUUCCCCACUGAAUUUUAGUUUACUCUUCACUCAGAGGCUGCUGUAAAACAUUCUAACCCAGUAAUCAGUACAUAAAUAUAAAUAUGUCAAAGAAUAUUUUAAGUAGUAUGUUGCCAAAACGGAUCAGCAUGUUCCAACAAACCACGUGUAAUCCAACGGCUGAAUAAAAAUGCUAACAAAAUAUAUACAAAUAUAUAACAACUACACCAAUAUUUGUAAACCUUAUCUAUCACAACUGACUGAGAAUUCCAUUUUGUAAUAACUAGCAAAAUAAAUAUUACAAAACUAGUAGACAAAUUUGCUGUUGCAUAGUUUCUUCUUAAAAAUCUGUGUCAAACAUACCAAAAAUAAGCAGUCUGGAUGAUUAAGGUUCAAGAAUCCUUCAGCUUUGGAAAUUUAGUGAAUGACUUUGAUUAAUCACUUAUUCAGCCCAAUCUGUCUUCUUAUUGUGGGGAACAAGUAGAGACAAGGAUGCUACAUAGGAGCCUUUUUGCAUUAAGAUGUGUAACAAUAUGUGGGAAAGACUUGGGACUGGGCAAAGAGAUGCUGCCAAAGGAACAACCAGGUAAGAGAGCACAGCCUGCAGCUGGAGAAUGGAUGGGACAAGAAGCUCAGAUUAGACCCUCCCUAGUUUCUUGUGUUGUAAAAGAGACCAGGGGAGGGAGGAAGAAUUGUAUUUUCAGACUUGCAAGAUUCUUACAAUGUACUUUACAGUAAAGUAGAAUUUGCUCGCCUGGUUGUGAUUCCUAUUUGGUUCACCUCACAAAGACAAGAGGAAAGUUAUUGAUUUAGCAGAUAAAUAAGCAAACCUAAAUUUUAAUAUAUAUUUGUAGUAACUAAUCUAUGGAGUCUGCUUGUUUCAUUCCUUGAUGUUAAUGAUCGGAUAGUGAUAAAUGAUAAAUUGUAAAAUCAGUUGCUGAAUCCUAUUGCAAGAUUAAUUCAAUUUACAAAAAUGUCUUUAAUAUCUUUAAAAAUUCCAUUUGGAACUAUUACUAGCUUACAAAUAAAUAAUGGAAGGUUCAAGAAAGAAGAUAUCCCAUUUUAUGGCCAAUGUGAGAUCAGCAUUUAUGAAUGUGUUUACAAGUAUUAAUUUUAAGACUGCUGAAAUAGGCCAAUGUGCAGUUGCUAUCUGUGUAAAGGGUUGCAAGUUUGCAAAACAUCAAAUCUUUUAUCAUUCUGUUAUUGUCUGGAUUUCAGUGUGGAUUCUGAUGUUUUAUGUUAAGCAGUGACCUAUAAAAAUGUACACAUGGUGAUUUCGGUUGACAUGACAAAGUAAAAUAAAUUGUGUAAGCUCACAGUACUGUUCUUAAAAUGAUACUAAGUAUAAAUAAAUAGAAAGAUGAGUUUCUCUUCCCUUUUUACUUACAAAAAAUUAGGCAAUUAUCUGCCAUUAACUGGUAAUAGAGGAUGCUAUUGAAAUUAAAGAGGUAACUGGGAAAAAGUAAUUAAACUGGGAAGAAAUGAGAGAAACCGUGUUUACACUUCAGCUCUUCCCAUCACUUUCUCUCCAUCUAGUUUUGUUCUGUUUCCUUUUUCCUUUUCCUUCCCUUCCCAAUGCAAUUUUCCCUUCCCCCUCCAUUGUGUCUUUAUCCCUUUGUCUUUACAGUUUCUGCUGGAAGAAAGAAGGGGAAUAUGUGGUGUAUACUCUGAGUUUCUGAUUAUGACAGUAUUAAUUUUAUAAAUGGGAUAGUUAAUUUUAAAGAAAAUAAAUUUGUUGGUUACCUACUUUUACAGUGUAGCUUCUGGCAGAUAUAAUAUACUCAUACCUGUAUAUGCAUAUAAGCAUGACACAUAGACAGACACAUUCAUAUUGAUGGCAAGAGUGUUCUCCAGGAUUGCUUUCAGGUAGAAUUGGCAAUCCUAUCUUGAUAAGAUGGGGGAGCUGGACACUGCACAGAAUUGUUACGUUUCUAAUUAUUUCCCAUGUACGCUUCAUGAGGAUGGGUGCAUUUUGAAUUCAGGCUCCUCUUCCUUCCAGGUAAAUACAGUAUUAUUUGCAGAAUUCUGUGUGUUCAGUAUGCCCUACACCCGUUAUCUUCCUACAGAUAGCAGAUAUGCAUUUAUGAUUGAAUGAAUAUUUAUAUUUGAAUGUUCAAUUUACUGUAGGUAAGGGAAGAACUUACGUUGUCUCUACAAUUUUCUGUGUCAGUAGCAGAAAAUGAUAAGACAAUACUGAUGUGCAAAAAGCAAUUAAUAUAGCCUUUUCACAAUUAGUCAAAACUACCCUACACUUAGGAUAUUUUUAAGUUAUAUUCAUAUUAAUCAGCUUAAUCCUGCUGUUUG